GCCGCUGCCGCGGUAUUAGCGUGUGCGCCCCAUAUUGCAGCGCACUCGUGGGUCCAGCAACUAGUAAAGGUCAAGAACAACGGAUCGUAUGUCGGAGACUGGGGCUACCCACGGGGCUUCUGUGCCAAGGGCGAUACAUGUGAUCCCGGCAUAGUGAACAACUUUCUGAUCCCUGCAAAUGAUGCAAACAGAUUAUUCAUCACCGAGAACGAUAAUCUUUGCAAGGACAGCCAAAAAAAUCCGGUACAAUUGGACCCUGCAAAGUACCCUCGCCUCAAGGCAGCUCCAGGCAUGCACAUCGCAUUACGUUACGCGGAGAACGGGCAUGUCUCUCUCAAUGGCACCCCGAAAGAAGACACGAACAAGUUCAAGCCUGAUGCGGGAGGCACCAUUUUCAUUUACGGCACCACUGACCCCAAGGAGGACGAAAAACUUGUCAAUGUCUUGCGGUGGACGAAAGAGGGCAACGGUGGCGACGGCCGAGGUGUUCUCCUAGCAACAAAUAACUUCGACGAUGGCCGAUGCUAUGAAGCCAACGGCUCUCCCAUUGCAAUGCAGCGCGCAGCAGCGAAUCCCUCCUAUGCGAAAGGGCAAACAGGCCAGGGUACCGGGGAAUUUGGCCUUCCAUGUGAAUCGAAUGUGUUGUUGCCUAAGAACCUGACUGCCGGCAAGCCCUACACUCUCUACUGGGUUUGGCAGUGGAAUACACCUCCAGGAAAGGACCAAUUCCGGCUGGAAGGCAAAGACGAAUACUACACCACGUGCAUGGAUAUAGAUAUCGCUGAUAUUUUCGCAACUGAAGCCAUCGGGUCUGCAAAGUACUUCUCUCCACAGCAAGACGACGCGUCAGCUGCUGUGAAGAGCUUUGCCGACCGCACUGCCCAGUACACAGACCCAAUCAAAGGUGAGAUCGGAACAGUGUUCAAGCAGGACCCGACGGCAACGGGUGCGCCUUCAGCUUCUGGGCCGGCACCUACCGCGCCGACUCCAGUCCCGACAGAUGUUCCCUCGAUGACCACUCGCCCCGGUAACUCGCAGCCUAGCCCAGGACCAUCCGGUGGCCUGAAUGGCAAUGGAGGCAACACCUCCCCAGUGCAAUCGACUGGCAAGGCGCCAGCUCCGACAGGCAUUCCAGCGAUGACUCAACGCCCAGGCACCGCG